UUAGCCGGGCGUGUAGGAGAGGAUCAGUGUGUGUGUGUGUGUGUUUACCGAAGUGUGUGUGUGUGAAGCAGCGUGUGACUCGGCUGUGUGUGUGUGCGAGGGUGUCAGUGUGCGGCUCACAUGGAGAGUAAUUAAACUCAGGAAGAAAGUAAAAAAGAGGAAGAAGAAGAAGAAGAAGAGAGCGAGGAAGGAGGAGAAGAGGGGAGGAAACUGUUGGUGAAGAAGGGAGGAGGAGAAGAAGAAGAGGAGGAAGAGAAGAAACAGAGAAGUGGAGUACUACAGCUCUGUUAGUGAUACGACUGCUGCUGACAGCUCUACUACUGCAGGGAGACGUGAGGAGGAAUGCAGGGGAGGAUUAUCUCUCCCUCAGGACCCAGCACUAAUCUCUACACACACACUCACACACACACAUAUACACACAUGCACACACCUUGUGUCUUGUAAAAGACCUUUGGCAUGUGGAUUAUUGACUUUGUAGCUUCAGGAGGGUAGCCAUGUUUGAAGUCCUGGAGCAGAGCAGAGAAAUCACUCGAACGUGUUGAAUGUUUUCAGGUUUCCUCUUUAAGUUUUGCAGCAGAGUGUGUGUGAUUUAGCAGAUCUCUUAUCGCACUAUAGGGGAGGAGUUCUUUAAGUAAACAGUGAAGUGAUCUGAGGGAGUUUUCCCCUCUUUCGAAGAACAGUUUGAUCAUAAAGCUUUCUGCAAUCUGCUGUAAAUCACAGCGUCAGAGGAGUUCUGAAACUUGUGCUCCUAUCUCUAGACUCUCCUGUGUUUGCAUUUCUUUAUCUCCAACCCUUAAUGAUGCCGACACCGCCGUACUUUGAGACCACAGAGGAGUCAUUUAAGUUCAAUUAUUUGCUUUGAAUUCCAUUGUAAACUUAGAAACUUCAGCACAACCCCUUGUGUAAUCCUUCACUUGUAGUUCUUUAUCAAAGAGCCUCUUUUAGAAAAGUCCGUGCAGGUCAUUAAAGCCCUGUUUAAGUACUUUAAUGCAGUCUCUCCUGCUAUCGUCACACCAGAGAGGAGGGAAACUUUUGCACGGAGAUUACUUGUAGUUUUUCAUCGAUGAGGCUUCAUUAAUAAGACUUCUUUUGCGGUUCCUUCAGUAUCACGGCUCCAGAAGCGACCUUUAAGCAGUGGUUUAUUGCAUUGCACCCUUGUACUGAAUCAGCCCUCAUUGCAACACUUUAAGUGCAGCACCUUGAGUAUUUAGGAAGUGAGUUGAGUACACAUGGGUCUUUAAGUGUAAGUGUGCUUUGAGUUCACAGUGCAGUGCAUGCUUUUAGACCUUUAGUGCAAGACUUUCCUGCUACUUGUUUCAAAGCUCAGCUGCAGAAGAGGUCUUAAAUGUAGUGAUUGUUGCAUGGACUCAGGUGCAGGCCUUUGCGUGGAAGUCUUUGUCUCAGGGUUAUCGAUCACACAUCCGACUCUUACACCUUCACACACUGACUGUUUUGAUACACGCUGAAGUCCCAGAGGCUAGUCCAGUAUCUGAGGAAACACUUCCAAAUCCCAAAUUCUGCAAGAGCCACAAAACUCCCUCCCACAAUGUGACAUGCAUGAGACCAAAAGAAUGGAGCAAAUUCGUGCCAUGGAUCCAGACCUCAUGUUGGACCCUGUUCUGAUGGAACACGGAGCAGCUUGUGAACCCGAAUCAAAAGAGGAGACAGAAAGAGAAGGAGAACAUUUACUCCAAGGGUGUGAUGGAUAUUUCAGCUCCGCCUCCUCCUCCUCUAAUUCCUCCCUGCCCUCCUCUUCAUCCUCGAUCUUCCCGGCUGUCCUUUCUCCACCUCCGAUCCGUGUGGAGGAGGAGAAGGAGGGGCCGACAGGUUGCUCCAAGUCUUUCACCGGGCUCAAGAUCUUCACCCGGAGGAAGGCGAUUGCAAAGUCCGGCCUGCACCAACUGCCAUGUCAGCCGAGUACGUCGUCUCUGAGCAGAACCGACCCCGAGGCGAGUAUCCGCAGCACUCUGGACUGGACGGACUCGGCUCAGUACGGAGAUCAUAUCUGGUUUGAGACCAAUGUGUCUGGAGAUUACUGUUAUGUAGGAGAACACUGUAUCGCCCGAGCUCAGCAAAAGUCAGUGAGUCGAAGAAAAUGUGCAGCCUGCAAGAUCGUCGCCCACACCAUCUGCAUAGAACAACUGGACAAGUUCCCCAGCUAUAGAGCCACUCUGCUGGAUGCCACGCUGCCGCUCAAUGACCCCGACUUUAGAAUUAACUUCAGGUGUAAACCGUCCUUCAGGGAGUCGGGCUCCAGGAACAUCCGAGAGCCUGUCGUUGUGCGUCAUCACUGGGUGCAUCGGAGGCGGCAGGAAGGAAAAUGCAAACAAUGUGGGAAGGGUUUCCAGCAGAAGUUCGCCUUCCACAGCAAAGAGAUCGUGGCCAUCAGCUGCUCGUGGUGCAAACAGGCCUACCACAACAAGGUGUCCUGCUUCAUGCUGCAGCAGAUUGAAGAGCCAUGUCCAAUAGGAGCUCACGCUGCGCUCAUAGUCCCGCCCACAUGGAUUAUACGGGUGCGACGACAUCAGUCGUCGAUGAAGUCGAGCAAGAAGAAGAAGAGGACGUCGUUCAAGAGGAAAAGCAGCAAGAAAGGAGCAGAGGAGGGGCGAAUGUGGAAACCGUUUAUCAUCCGACCGAUCCCGUCCCCCCUCAUGAAACCUCUGCUGGUGUUUGUCAACCCGAAGAGUGGAGGGAACCAGGGCACAAAGAUCCUGCAGUCUUUCAUGUGGUAUCUGAACCCAAGACAGGUGUUUGAUCUCAGCCAGGGAGGACCAACUGAGGGCCUGGAGCUUUACCGUAAAGUCCACAACCUGAGGAUCCUCGCCUGUGGAGGAGACGGCACUGUGGGCUGGAUCCUGUCUUGUCUGGAUGACCUCGGAUUAAACCCUCAACCUCCCGUUGCUGUGUUACCCCUGGGGACAGGGAAUGACCUCGCCAGGACUCUUAACUGGGGAGGGGGCUACACAGACGAGCCUCUGUCUAAGAUCUUGUCCCACGUUGAGGAUGGAACUGUUGUGCAGCUGGACAGAUGGAACCUACAGGUUGAAUCGAACCAAAAUGCAGGGGCAGAACCGGACGAGCAACAAACUGAUAAGCUUCCUCUGGAUGUUUUCAACAAUUACUUCAGUCUUGGAUUUGACGCUCACGUGACUCUGGAGUUCCACGAGUCAAGAGAGGCGAACCCAGAGAAGUUCAACAGCCGUUUCAGGAAUAAGAUGUUCUACGCUGGGACAGCGUUCUCAGAUUUCCUGAUGGGAAGCUCCAAAGACCUGUCGAAGCACAUCAAAGUGGUGUGUGACGGCACAGAUUUGACCUCAAAGGUUCAGGACUUGAAGCUGCAGUGUUUGGUCUUCCUCAACAUCCCAAGGUAUUGUGCAGGCACCACGCCUUGGGGGAAUCCUGGAGAACAUCACGACUUUGAACCGCAGCGGCACGAUGACGGGUACAUCGAGGUCAUCGGAUUCACGAUGACGUCACUGGCUACUCUCCAGGUCGGAGGUCACGGCGAGAGGUUGAACCAGUGCAGAGAGGUCACCCUCACCACCACCAAACCUCUCCCAGUGCAGGUGGAUGGAGAACCGUGCAGACUCGCUCCCUCUGUCAUCCACAUCAGCCUCAGGAACCAGGCCAACAUGGUGCAGAAAACCAAACGACGGACGUCUCUGCCUCACCUGAACGAUCAGCAGCCGGUCCCGGAGCGGCUGAGGAUCAGGGUCAGCAGGAUCAGCAUGACGGACUACGAGGCUCUGCACUACGACAAGGACAAACUUCGGCAAGCAUCUAUCCCUCUGGGCCUGAUCGUGGUUCCUGGUGACAGCGACUUAGAGACCUGCAGAGAGCACAUCCAGCGUCUGCAAGAGGAGGAAGCAGCCAAACCAAAGAUUGUGUCCUCGCAGAGAUUAUCUCCUAAGUGGUGUUUCCUCGACUCCACGACCGCGGAUCGGUUCUACAGGAUAGACCGAGCACAGGAGCAUCUUAACUACGUCUCAGAAAUCUCCCAGGAAGAGAUCUUCAUCCUGGACCCUGAGCUGGUGGUGAUGGCAUCAGUAGGCACCUCCCCCUCCGCCAUGCCCGACCUUGUUCACCCCGCGUCCAGCCUAGAGAACAACAGUUCCUCCCAGAGGCCGCGUGUGAACAGUGACAGCUGUGCAGCCGAGGCUUUGACCAACAACACGGCGCCUCUGCCCAGCAAGCUCAGCAGAGCGGGAUGUAUCCAUCGUUCCAACACCACUGCUGCUGAUUUCAAACCAAAGCUGAGAACGGAGAGGAGCCUGAAACCAAUCGAAUCAGAGAAGGAGACAGAAAAAGAUCAGCUGAUUGAGUGUGUGAAGAAGAAAGACUUGAAGAAGCUGCAGGAGCUGCACCAGCAGGGAGCCGACCUCACGGCGCUGGACUCUUCAGGCUGCAGUUUGCUCCAUCACGCUGUCAGUGCAGGGAGCAAAGAGCUGGUCCGCUUCAUCCUGGAUAACACUUCAAGUGACCUGCUGGACGUCGCAGAGAAACAUCAGGGGGAGACGGUUCUUCAUCGAGCUGCGUCUCUGUGUCACAGAUCCAUCUGUCAUUAUCUGGUGGAAGCAGGAGCCUCGCUCAUGAAGACUGACCUACAGGGCGACACUCCUAAGAACCGGGCGGAGAAGGCUCAGGACGCCGAGCUGGCCGGUUAUCUGGAGAACAGGCAGCACUACCAGAUGAUCCAGAGGGAGGACCAGGAAACUGCGGUCUGACACGUCAGGGGACUCUUCACGGACUGAACGAUGAAGAACCUGCUGAGGUCCUCCUCACCGCCAUGAGACUGACUGACUCACGGUCUCUGUGAUUGGAGGACUGCUGGCGUGAGGACGCUCAGAGAAGCUGUGCCAAAUCUGAACUGGUUGUGUUUAAAGAGAUUACAGCGUUUUCACUCGGACUCUGAAGAUCAUCUGCAUAUCAGACUUUUCAGGAACUCCAGAAGACUCAUCGAUUAGAGACCAGACAGUUCAUGUGUUUUACUUUAGUCUCAGAAGGUUUAAGAGUCUGUAGAUUGUAUUUAUGUCACGGUUGAAACUCAGGAAAUCACCUUUGAAGCUGUCGGGCAUCUCAGCUGAUCCUCUCUGCAGCUGUCUGUGUGAGAAUAAAACAAGAAGAGCGGGAAUAUGAAUUCAUCAUCUGAAUGAUCUCAAGAGUGUCAAACUUUAUUGUGUUAAAUAAACCAGCGGCAGGAGGAAAACUUGAUGUGGAUUUAAAGUCUGUGUUUAAACCGUUUUUACCGGCUGCCUCCAUCAGAAGAUUCUAAAGACACGUCUUGUAAGGGUGUGAUUCUUUCUUCUUCUGCAGAAAUAUUAAAAUACGUGUAGUUUAGAUUUCAGCUUUGUAGAAACGCAGUCACAUGAUUCAUUUCCGUCCUCAUUUCAACCCCAGAACAGAGUCUCACACAGACUUGUGUUUUCUGAUGCGUAGAUGUUGUAACGUAUUUUAAAGAUUUAAACAAUGUCACGGUUAGAGAGGAAACAGAGUUAUCAGAGUGUCAAACCUCCAGAAUCUAAAACCUUAACCAACAUUCUUUUUUACAGCGUUGGCUUCAAACGUUUCUGCUGAGUGGAGUAAAAACUGCUUUUUGAAUUUAGCACCUUAUGCUCAAACCGUGGACGUUCUUCUUAGUGUGCGAUUAUUAAUAUCUCAUGCGUAGUGUCGAUGUCGUGGCCUUGAGAUCGCACCAAAUGGGAGUUUCACCGAGCGGGAGGAAGUGUUGCUUUAACGAUGAGACGAUGGAUCUCCAUAGACCAAAGCACUGAGAGGUCGAGGGUUGAGUUAAAUCCAUCUGCUUUAAUUAUUGAAUAUACUGUUGUUUUCAUCCUCACCGUUCAAAUCAUCCACUCAUCACUUUAUUCCUCCAACUCUUCUGUUUGAAAUAUUUAAAGUCUGAUUCCUGUGUUUGAAUUUAAGCCUCCAGAAUGUUUUAGAGUAUUUAAAUCCAUCAUGAGGAGGAAGAUGUAACAUUCAAUAUCUCAUCUCUCAAACUGACCAAAUGUUAAUGUGAAUAUUUCUUCUGUGUGUUUUUAUUAGAGUGCAGUGACGUCGGAUGAUGGUGUGUACGUUAGGUUUUUAUCAGGAUUGUUUUUGUUGACGUUAAAGGAAAAUCAAGUUGUUUUUAUUCUGAGCUUCAUCAUGAUGACGAACUGUAACCUGAGCUGUUAAAGGGAAACUAAUAAACUGUCUUCAUUCUCAAA